AUGGGUUUUAAGAGAAAACUUCCAACCAGCUUGCUCGACCUAAUUAAGGGCCAACCGGGGAAGGACGUGCCAGGGAAGCCACAAUCCAAACUUCCUCCUCCUCCACCCCAGCCUCAGCCUGCUCAGACCAGGUCAUCUUCCACCCAAUCGCAACCAUCAUCUCCUUGGUCCAGACUUCCUCCUCCUUCCCAGUCGACUCUGCCUCCUCGGCCCGAACCCGCCGAUCCGAAAAGGAAGAGGGCUUCCAAAGGCAAGGAGCCCAUGGAUGGGGGUAAAUCUCGCUCCUCUCGGGAGGAAGAUGAAGCCUUACGAGCUUCAAAACAAUUGAAAAUCGAGCACCAGGGCCAAGAAAAAGAGGCCGCCACUCAGUCCGAGCCCCAGGCCUGGGUUCCUGCCCCAAUGCUCCACGAGGAGCCAUUUAUGGGCAACGCCUCCCUCAAGGACUUCCGAGGGGGUGAAGGCACCUAUGUGGUCUACUCGUUGGAAAGGUCCCUGCUACUUCCCACCGAUAUGGCCGAGCUGGGGAAUUUGAGGAGGCAGGAGGUCUUUCUCAGCAUCAAGAGAUACUUGGGCAUGGCUGUUCAGGCCACUUUUAGGUUAGAAGAGGAUGCUAAGGAACAGAGCAGGUUCCUGGAGCUCAAGUGUGACAAGCACUUGGAUGCUACGCGGACCCUUAAAAACUCCAAGGCCGAUCUCUCGAAACUGAAGAUUGCCAAGGAGCAAAUCACUGAUCUAAAGAAGAAGUUGGCCGAGGCAGAGGGGGCUAAGAACGUCGCGGAGUGGGCCAGGGAUGAAGCCUUGAGGGCUAAGGCAGAGGCAGAGUUCGCCAGGACGGAGGUCGAGAGCUCCAAGGAAAAAGUCGAGGAGGAGGCUUAUGACUUGGGAGUGGUCGAGACCCAAGCCACUCUCAAGGCUCAAGUACCUGGGGUGGAGAAUGUAUACUACCCUCUGGCCAUCCGAGAAACUGCCCCCGCUAACUCCGAGGCUAAGGUUGCUCCUGAGGAGACUGAGACUACUCAGCCUGAAGCUGCUCUAGCCAUAACUGCUCUUGAUGAGCCAGCCAAAGAGAGUGAGCUUCCUAGGGCGACCAAAACAAAUGAAGGCUCAAAUCCUAAAGCACCCCAGAAGAUUGCAGAGUCUACAGUUAAUGCUCAGGCCUUUCAUGUCGAGGAGCCAGCCCUCUCAGUUCAGCCCCUCUAG